AUGAGGUUAAUAGCAUUUUUAUUUAUUGCAAUAAUUCAAGUUGUAUAUUCAAAGAAUUCCACACAAAUACAAGAAAAAAAUGUGACACAUAUUACACCUAAGUUAAAUUAUUUUUCUCCAUUAAUAUUUUUCAAUAAAGAACUUAAUUCACUAAUUAAAAAGCAAAGAAUAUUAAGAAGACUAAGAUCAAUUAAUAAAAAUUUAAAAGAAAGAGCAAAAAAAGAAGCUUUUAACUAUGAAGAUCCAUACUUAAAUCCAGAAAGAUUUACAAAAUCCAAGUUGUGGAGGUUUUUUAACUAUUUUAAAUUGCAAAGAAAGAAGAGAAAACAACCAAGACACCCUGGAAGAAUUAUUAAUUCUUUCACUUUUGAGAAAUAUUUAAUUUUUAAUCAUUCAGAUUCAGUUAAUGCUAAUAUAACUAAUAAUACUACUUUGGAAACAAAUACAACGUAUUAUAAUAAUACUAAUUUGAAUAUUCAAAAAAAUCAAACAGAAGAACUGGAUGAUUCUAAAUCAACUAAAUGCCAUUCUUUAAAUCAUAUUAGUUUAUGUUCAAACUCUGCAACUCCUGGUGAUUACUCUGGUAUUCCAGAAAUAUUAAGUCCAAGACGUCCUAAAAAUAUUAUUAUUGCUUUGGUAGGAGUAUGUUCUGAUGAGCUUUAUUAUGAAGCAUUCAAAUAUACAUACUAUCCAUUUGUUUCUCAAUUAAAAAUGUAUGGUGACCAAUUUAGAAAAGACACAGGAAUCAUAUUUCCUCAUCCAUAUUUAAGAAAAUUUAAACCUAUUGGUUCUAUUAAAUGGUCAUAUAGGUUUGCUUGGGCAGAUUUUUCUUUUGGAUUUAGAUUUAAACGGGUUAACUUAAAUCAGUGGAUGUAUUCUGUAGAUUCUAUACUAAUGUUAAUUGAUUAUCUAGUUCAAGUUGAAAAAUAUGAUCCAAAAAGAAUUUUCAUUUAUGGUUAUAGCCAAGGAGGUGCUAUGGCACUUUCUGUUACUUUAAGAUCAAAAUAUAUUCUAGGAGGAAUGAUUUCAACUGCAAGCUUCCUUCCUGAAAGAAAUAUGAAAAAGUUACAAUCAAUGGAACCAAAAAUUACAAAAGAGGGAUUAAAAACACCAAUGUUGCUUUCAUAUUGUAAUCCUGAUUUUAUAUUUCCUUUUAGAAGUGGAAAAAAAGAUGUUAAAUACUUAAAAGAAGUUCUUAAAGCCAAUGUUAAAUAUUCUUUAAUGCUUGGAGAAGGGCAUUCUUGUAUGACAAGAUAUUCUAUGGUUUAUAUUGAUUGGAUUCACAAUUCUAUAUUAAAUUAUGAGAAUAAUAAUUCUAAACCUGAAAAAUUCACAUAUGCAUUAUUGGAUAUUUAUAAUAAUUUUCAAGAUUAUUAUAACUUUGGACUCUCAGAGGAAAAAAAAGAAGAUACUAAUUAA